CUGGGGUAGCACGCGCACUAGCUUGCGUGUCGUCAGGGGAAUCUUCCGGGAGGCGCUAUUUUCACGUGCCUGCUUGUUACCAUAGCAACCUACGUUUAAACACGUACUGAAGGUUAACGAGUGGAUCUUUCAGAUAUAAUUCCUGUCGUAUUUUUAGGAUAUCGUUCAAUCAAAGGCAUACACAAAAAUCGUGAUGAAUCUGACCAAGUUAACAAACCAGCCAUUAAAAGAGUUUAACACCGAGGCAGAUCAUGGAAAACUGCGCAGGAUCAGAGCUGAAGAUCUGGAGUGGUCUUUAGCUGUGGUGCCUUCACUGACAAAACUGUGUCUUGAACACAUCGUGCAAAAUUUUGAAGAAAAUCCCAUUGUUGAGGAACUCUUGCCCAAACAUAAGGCUUUUGUACUGGAGAAGCUGCCUCCGACUCUGCCUCAGACUAUAACAGCAAACCUGAUCAGCGAUGAAGGCUACUGGAAGCGUUGCUGUCAGAGCCUAUGGCAUGUGUGUGAUGCCUCAGAAUAUGGCAACAGCUGGAAGCGCAUGUUCUUUGAACGCCAUCUAGAGAACAUCAUCGAACUUUUCAUCCCAGACAUGACUGACAACAAAUUGGUCCUGGAGAUUGUACCACUGUGCAGAGACUAUGUGAAGCGGCUGAGGAUCUCUCAACUCCUGCCACCAGUUAAGGAGCCGGCGAUGUUUGAAGAGGGCGACGGCGCAGAUUCAGUCAGCGAUUUUUAUACUGAUGGGCCUUCGAUGGAUCACUUUGACUUCCGAAUUCUGCUGGACAAACUGAGCAACCUGGAAGAGCUGCAAUUGGUUUAUGGCGUAAAAAACUGUGGAAUGAACUUUGAGUGGCAUCUGUUUCAGUUUACCCUCCGUGACUGUCAGUCAUUGGCUGAGGCUGUGAAAUCCUGCAAAUCCUUAAAGGUUCUCCGAAUCCUUCGGAGCAGCAUGGAAGAUGAGAAGUGCCGCAUGCUGGUAAAACACCUGCUGGAUCAUCCAUCCCUGUUGGAGCUCGACUUCUCACACAAUCUUAUAGGGGAUCGAGGGGCGAGAGCCAUCAGCAAACUCCUCAACCGCAGCUGUCUGGUGACACUGAACCUUUACGACAACCGGAUCAGUGGGAAAGGGGCCCAAGCCUUAGCCCAUGCCCUCUCCAAAAACACCUCCCUAGUGUCACUCAACUUGAGACUGAACCAGCUAGGGGAUGAAGGCGGCCAAGCCAUAGCUCAGGCCUUGCUAAAAAAUCAGACUUUGGUAAACCUUCAUUUAGGGGCCAACGAGAUGACAGAGCCCACAGCCACAGCAUUCUCACAGGUCUUAGUACAGAACACAACAGUGAGAAACCUCAACUUAUCCUGCAACAAACUGGGAAAGGACGGAGGGAAGGUCCUAGAAGAAGGGAUGUCACACAACAGCAGCCUGCUGAAGUGUGAUAUUCGCCUCACUGAAAUGAGCCUGGAGAGCGAGUACCGCAUCCGUGAGGUACUGUGCACCAAUCAGGAAAAAGCCCGGCUCAAGCACACACAGGACAUAGUAAACACCAUGUAAACCACUGUAUAAGAUGCAGCUCAUUUGUUAAAUAUCACACUGAGAAAAGGGCCUUUUUUCCACACUAGGAGCACUAUGUACGUGUACUGAAUGCAUAAAGUACAAUUCAGUUUGAAUUGAAGUUUGAUGUGAAUAGUAACACAUGGCUGUAAUAAAUUCUACUGUGCAGGUGCUAGUAAUGAACUCAUGUAUUUUAGCUCCCUGUGAAAAGAUUGCAGCCAAAAACUGUGGUGUAGGAGUAAGGGGCUGAAACACAGAAUGGAGACAGAUGCUGUUAUUAUCAGCCUUUAAGCUGCAUGCCCACAUGAGCCCAGCCAAUCUGUUAGCUUUUUUUGGAAACCAUCUGCUUGCAUUUAUUUAUUUUAGACACCGUUGUCACCUACUGACAUAAAUUUGAGUUUAUAUACACCGAUCAGGCAUAACAUAAUUAUGAGCACUGAGAGGUGAAGUGAAUAACACUGAUUAUCUCCUCAUCAUGGCACCUGUUAGUGGGUGGGAUAUAUUAGGCAGCAAGUGAACAUUUUGUCCUCGAAGUUGAUGUGUUAGAAGCAGGAAAAACGGGCAAGCAUAAGGAUUUUAGUGAGUUUGACAAAUUGUGAUGGCUAGACGACUGGAUCAGAGCAUCUCCAAAACUGCAGCUCUUGUGUGGUGUUCCCGGUCUGCAGUGGUCAGUAUCUAUCAAAAGUAUCCUCUUAUUUUUGUUAUGCCCCACCUUGCAACUUCCAGGAUUUAAAGGAUCUGUUGCUAACGUCUUGGUGCCAGAUACCACAGCACACCUUUAGGGAUCUAGUGGAGUCCAUGCCUCGAUGGGUCAGGGCUGUUUUGGCAGCAAAAGUGGGACCAACACAAUAUGAGGCAGGUGGUCAUAAUGUUAUGCCUGGUCAGUGUGUAUAUUGUGUAUAUACAGUUUACGUGUAAACUGAACACAUAUGACCAUUCUCUUGUUAAAAUGCUUGAAGUCUGUCUUAUGUCAUUUCCUGUUUUCUAAGUAAUCUUACUUAAAUCUCACCAAUUGUUUGUUACUACUCAUUAGUCUGUGUACACAACUGCAAACUGUGAUUAUAAGCCUUAAUUUUAGGCUUAUCUAGUGCCUUUGUUUUCCUUUAUCUCAUAUUUUUUUCUGGUUUUGAUCCCACCAUGCCCUCUUAACUCUAGUUAUAUGUGUUAUACAAUAAGGUCAUCUGUAUGUAUAAGAAUCAAAUGAAUACCUGCUUGCGCACAUGUGCAUGCACAUUUAGACCUUCCAAUAACAUCAGGAAGUGACAUAUGACAGGAUUUACAACAAAUUGCAAUAAAUGCUGAUAUCUUACAGCGACUCCUCACUGGAAUUUUGCUAGAUCAUUCCCUCAAGUGACAAUUACCUGGAUAACAUUUUGCCCUGCUGUACUAAGGACUUAUGUAAACAUCACUGUUAAAGGGUGCUUUUAAUAACUAACAUCUUGUGUUAUGCCAGUCUGGAUCAUCUUAUAUCAAUACAAAUAUAAUGGGAAAGGAGCAGAGUGUGUCCUUUAGACCUGAUGUAAUGCCUUACAAAAUAUAUCCAUUCAUACAUUU